AUGAGUCGCUCCAGCGGGCCUCCCGUUUCUCUGAGCCGCAGCUUCCUCCCCGCGCCGGGCAUCCUCACCCCGGGGGAGAAAGGCAGGGGUGUUGGGCGACCUCGGAGGCGCCGGGCAUCCUCAGCCCGGGGGAGAAAGGCAGGGGUGUUGGGCGACCUCGGAGGCGCCGGGCAUCCUCAGCCCGGGGGAGAAAGGCAGGGGUGUUGGGCGACCUCGGAGGCGCCGGGCAUCCUCAGCCCGGGGGAGAAAGGCAGGGGUGUUGGGCGACCUCGGAGGCGCCGGGCAUCCUCAGCCCGGGGGAGAAAGGCAGGGGUGUUGGGCGACCUCGGAGGCGCCGGGCAUCCUCAGCCCGGGGGAGAAAGGCAGGGGUGUUGGGCGACCUCGGAGGCGCCGGGCAUCCUCAGCCCGGGGGAGAAAGGCAGGGGUGUUGGGCGACCUCGGAGGCGCCGGGCAUCCUCAGCCCGGGGGAGAAAGGCAGGGGUGUUGGGCGACCUCGGAGGCGCCGGGCAUCCUCAGCCCGGGGGAGAAAGGCAGGGGUGUUGGGCGACCUCGGAGGCGCCGGGCAUCCUCAGCCCGGGGGAGAAAGGCAGGGGUGUUGGGCGACCUCGGAGGCGCCGGGCAUCCUCAGCCCGGGGGAGAAAGGCAGGGGUGUUGGGCGACCUCGGAGGCGCCGGGCAUCCUCAGCCCGGGGGAGAAAGGCAGGGGUGUUGGGCGACCUCGGAGGCGCCGGGCAUCCUCAGCCCGGGGGAGAAAGGCAGGGGUGUUGGGCGACCUCGGAGGCGCCGGGCAUCCUCAGCCCGGGGGAGAAAGGCAGGGGUGUUGGGCGACCUCGGAGGCGCCGGGCAUCCUCAGCCCGGGGGAGAAAGGCAGGGGUGUUGGGCGACCUCGGAGGCGCCGGGCAUCCUCAGCCCGGGGGAGAAAGGCAGGGGUGUUGGGCGACCUCGGAGGCGCCGGGCAUCCUCAGCCCGGGGGAGAAAGGCAGGGGUGUUGGGCGACCUCGGAGGCGCCGGGCAUCCUCAGCCCGGGGGAGAAAGGCAGGGGUGUUGGGCGACCUCGGAGGCGCCGGGCAUCCUCAGCCCGGGGGAGAAAGGCAGGGGUGUUGGGCGACCUCGGAGGCGCCGGGCAUCCUCAGCCCGGGGGAGAAAGGCAGGGGUGUUGGGCGACCUCGGAGGCGCCGGGCAUCCUCAGCCCGGGGGAGAAAGGCAGGGGUGUUGGGCGACCUCGGAGGCGCCGGGCAUCCUCAGCCCGGGGGAGAAAGGCAGGGGUGUUGGGCGACCUCGGAGGCGCCGGGCAUCCUCAGCCCGGGGGAGAAAGGCAGGGGUGUUGGGCGACCUCGGAGGCGCCGGGCAUCCUCAGCCCGGGGGAGAAAGGCAGGGGUGUUGGGCGACCUCGGAGGCGCCGGGCAUCCUCAGCCCGGGGGAGAAAGGCAGGGGUGUUGGGCGACCUCGGAGGCGCCGGGCAUCCUCAGCCCGGGGGAGAAAGGCAGGGGUGUUGGGCGACCUCGGAGGCGCACGGGGAUGA